GUCGUCUUGUGUUUGCGCCGGCGCAGAGAGGGCGCACGGGCAUACUCGUGCCUCGACGGCCGCGCGGCGACCGCAGACGUCGCGCCGCAGGACGCGGGCAGCCGCGCGUUCCGCGGGGAGGCGGCUUUAGCUGCUCCAAACAAGCUACACCACUUCUUCAUAGACCGAUGGGGGGCCGGGGCCAGGGCCGAGGCCGGGGCCGGGGCAGCGACCGGGGCAGCGACCGGGGCCGGGGCCGCGGCCGAGGCCGCGGCCGAGGCCGCGGCUCGGACAGUUCUUCCAAGGGCGCGCCGCGGCCGGCAAAGCGCGCCAGGACCACGAAAGAUAGUGUACCUCCUGCGCCGCCGAGGAAGCCCCGGGCCCGCGCUCCUACGCCCGUGCCCGCGACCACGCGCGCCACGCGCAAAACGCCAGCCGGGGAAAAAAAUCUAGAAGCGCUCCCGAUGGUGUCGAGGUCGGAUAUGCCUUAUUCUAAAAGGAGACUAGAGAAGCAAAGAGAGACGAUACCAAGGAAGUGCAACGGCUGCGAUAAGACAUUGCCGCGAGACGCCUUCACCCCAGAAGAGUAUGACAAAGUCAUUGGUCCUGGAAGCGAUCAGAAACGCUCGUGCAAGGAUUGCGAAGCCAGGGGCGUCGUCCCGGAAGCAGCAAGGGAGGUCCGGGUGCCGGUGAAGGUACCGAUUAGAGAAGACGCGAGCGUCGACGAAGAUUUUUCGCCACUACCGCUGCCCAACGAUGCAACAGCAACGUGUCAGGUCUUCGCGUACGUCACAGUACUUAGGGAGCCGGAGGCGGACCAAAUGGAGCGGGCGCGCGCGCAGUUGAAGUGCACACGGCCCAACAAAGGCAAGGUCGAGGGCGAGACGUUGGAUUAUAGGGUCGAAGUGAACAUCCAGUACGAUGAACAAGGGCAGCCCUUCACGACGCUCGGCCGCGUAACAAGGGCGCUUGUCGAUUCGGCCUACGGGACCAUGUCUCAUCACGACGUGGUCGCAACACGGGAGGAGCGCUGGCUGCCGGACUUGAAAUUCGACGUAGGCAAGGCCUACAGGCUGCUCGUUGCUCUCGCCAAGGGCGACGACGAUUAUGUAGAAGAAGCGAAGAGAGCGGCGUCGAGCGCGGCGUGGAAACUAAAUCCUCGACGCCAUCGAUCCGGUGCGCUAUCGCGUCGACGGCGUACGACACCUUAUCGAUCGAUUUCUACACAGAAGGCGCGCGGCUUUGAAAGAGGACGCGGAGGCCGGCGACGAGAUGUACUACACGUUCGUGCAGCGAUCGAACUUUCUGAGCGGCUUCGAGGAUGAGAUCCCAUACAUGAAGAACCGUUUUUAUCUCUUGAAGUCUGCGGCCGCGGGUCCUGGAAACACACACUGGCUCCACUUCGGCAGGACGGUGGACGAGGCGAUAGAGAAGUGCUUACAGCAGACCGUCGCCUGCGUCCUCGCCGCUAUUAAUGUGACAGACGGGGAGUUGAAGCGGCAGCUCAAAGCGGGUCGCCUCGAGAAGCUGCCGGAGCUACGCAAGGACUUCUUCACAAAGAAACGGGUUGAGGAAGCGCGGCGCGCGCGCGCGCGGCGGCCCACCGACGUGCCGCGGGAUCGGAGCAUUAGGGAGGAGGUGGACCGGCUGAACCGCGCGACGCGGGCCGCGGCGGGCGUCUUCUAUGUGAACGGUCCCGACGGGCCUGAAUUAGUGGUGCGGAAGGACGGCAAGCGGUUCUCGUUGGACCAGCACGAGGCGGCGGUCGAGUACGCGUUGGAGCUGUCGCCGACGAUCCGCAAGCGGGAGGAGGAUCGCGGGCGGAAGGAGCGGUUGCUCGAGCGGUUGAGGCCAUCUGGUGGCGGCGGCGGCGUGGCGACGACCACUACUAGUCCUGGCGCCUCGCCGCGGCCCACUACUAGUCCCGAAGCCUCGCCGCGGCCCGCUCCUAGUCCCGAAGCCUCGCCGCUGCGCGAUCCUAGUCCUGGCGCCUCGCCGCUGUCCGCUACGAGUCCUGACGCCUCGCAGCAACCCGCGGUCACGACGUCGGCUUUGGAGCUCACCGUAUCGUCAGUCGAACGCUUGGAGAAGCAGUACGCUCAACUGGGCAUCAAGCAGCUCAUUAGCAGAGGCACCACAGUGCUCUCGGCCUUCCAUGUUGGUCACGAUCCGAAUACGGAGAAGCCGGACCCAACCGCUGUACAGAUCUUCCAGGAUUCUUUGGAUGCGGUGCGGGCGUCGGACGAGACGGAGGAGGAGAGCGGCGACUUUUUGAUGGUAAAAGCACUCGCCGAGUUCGAGCGCAGCGCGUCGUUGAAGCCGAGUCCGGACCAAGAUAGUUUUAAGGUCGAGGUCCUGAGGAAGCAGUUUCCCUUCGUGGGGGAUAACGUGCUCGAGGAUUUGGCCAAGGUCAUGGGGUUCACCUGCUGUUUGCGCCACGACCUCGCCGUGGUCGAGGGUAUAAUCCUCGCGCCGAAGGCUUUGGGGGUAUAUACAUUCUACUACCCGGGCUACUGGACCAAGGAGCCGGAGCGCCGCGAGCAUCACCACUGGAUUCACAACCUCGCCCAGUUAACCGCGGAUACGGCGGUCCAGCGCCGCACGCUUCUUGAUGAAGGCCGACACUUCUUCGACAAGUGCGCGGUCGCGGAGGACGAGGCCAGCGCCCAAGACGACCGCGAUCCCGCCAUGGGCGUCGCCGCUCCCCAAGAGGACUAUUCGGGCUACCGCAAGAGGCUCAGCAUGGACCACAAGCCGUCGGACUCCGACGAAUCGAGCGACUAGAACCCCGGAGCGCGCGUCGUCGCUCGCUUCCGCACGCAUGCACCCUAUUAUGUGUGUAAGAAGUCACAUUGUAUUUAGGAACCCUACUGGGAAAUCGGACCGCCGCGGCUCCGCCAAUUUGGUGGUCUCUGCAAAACGUGCCCUUUGCUUCUACGCCGUCGUAGAAGGGCCGUGCGGAACGUUGCACUCGUCGCGGCGGCGUCCUAGAACUCGCCGCGGCGCGCGACGCGCCCAGGACUUCUUCCGACCGCGACAGGGCUCGCGUAGGAGACACGUCCAGUCGAUUCACGUCGAGGCUGCACGCGACGGUCGUACAUCGAGAGUUAUUGAUGAGGCGUCGCGGCGGCGAUGGCGUGGAGGAGAGCUGCUUUGCCUCGACAAAGCCUGGUACGGUGCAACUCCCACGUGCACCCGACGCGCGUGCCACCUUAUUUGUUCGGAAAUGACGGCGGAGACGGCGGCGCGAAAGCCCUGCCUCGAGGCGAAGCGCUCGAGUUCGUCGAGGGCGUCGCGUGCUCGCUCACUGGUAGCAUCGAUGAUGGUCUAGGAGCAAAUUGGCCUCGCAGGACGUCAUGUUCACCGGAGAGUUCGAAUCUAUCGCAGAGAUGAACGGCCGCCUCGUCAACUGUUUCGUACUAUAGCCUCGGUAGAGAAUCACACUCAUGAGCGGCCACCGGCACCUGGCGCGCGUUCGCGCGCAGACGAUCCAGGAGUUAUUACUUGAGUCGUGUCCUACGUUCCGUCGGCGUCGUCCCGGUGCUGCGGCGCCCGCUGCGACGAUAUGUCUCCCGCUCCGCCGGCCACAAACAGCAGCUGGAGGCCAGCACACGCAAAUCGGCUCUGGCCCGCCGGGGGCACCUUUAGCGCUCGAGGCAGCAAAGUGCGGCGGUCGUCGGAUCACGACCGUGUUAAUUGCACACUUGGCACCCACACAGUGGACGCGUUUCAGCUUUUACAGAGGC